UUAUGUUACCUGCAUUAAUAAUAACUAAUCACACACAUCACAAUUGCAGUCUUAGAUGAGAUUGGAUCUAUAGGAUUCUGGACCAUAUGAUGCUUUAGAUGAAAUUUUCUAUUGAUACUUCAAAGAGUUUGAUAUCUCAUUUGUUGAUGUUUUCACAUACUUCCUGUGUAUGUUUUGUGGUUGCAGUUAGCUUAUCACAGGCUCCUCUAGUGUUAGUUUAUGCAGUAGUUUACUGUUUGUUUCACUGCAGACAGUUUGUGACAUGAGCCAAUACAAAAUGUGUUCACACCAAUGCUCAUUCUAAAAUCAGUUGUCCUAUGCCCAAUGAGCUGUUCCAUCUAUAAACUGUUUUAUGUCUUAUAGCCGUGUUUCUAUCUCGCUCUCUACCCAUGCUGUGUACUUAAUGUACCCUGUCUAGUCUUUGUUACAUACGCCUUCCUUUAAUUCACCAUGGAUUUUUUAUCAACAUUUCUACCAUCGGCAAUCAUUUCUUUCCAUUUUUCAGUUCAAAUUGAUUGAGGUUUUCCCUUAAAAUGGAGGUCACUGACUAUAAUUGACUAUGGAUGAGGGAAGCUUAGCCUUGGCCUUCUGCCUUCAUCGAGCAUGCGCCUUACCUUCUCUGGUGACGAUGGUUGUUCAGAGGAAUUGGCUCUGUUGAACGAUGGCCUAGAAGUUUCAGAAGCUGUGAUUGAAGAAAUAUCAGCUGAUAAUUCUGGACGUUCUUUCCUUGUCAGGAUUUCAGAAUCUAAAAGAUUGUACUACUGGUGUGCUGAAAAGUCGAAGGAAUGUGGAAUGGAGCUUCUUGCAAAGAUGAAAAAUCUACUUCAGGGCAGGCCAACCCUCUCUGAUCUCACAGGCAUCUCCAAUUCCCGACUUGAUGCUUUUGUUACUAAUUUACAUGCUUAUCUUCUUGCGCCAAGUAUUGGAGAUGCUAAAUUGUUGGGAUCAUCUACUGGCUUCCUCAGUAAUUCAAGCUCACAAGGGCAACAUUUACAGCCCCCAUCAGUUGUUUCCAGGUCUUCAAGGUCUCGCACCUCUGCCGCUAAUGCAACAAAAGCAAGCUCGAUCUAUCAAGCCAGUCUGAGUCCCAGAUCCAGCACUUUUAAAGAUGGGGUUCCAAGGACCUCUUGUGCAAAGGUUGUUGGGAGAGAGAAGCUGAAGCGGCGUGGGGACUGGUUGGGCCCAUCAACUGCUCUGAUUGAUGCAAAUCCUUUGAUAGCAAAGAGUGUUAAACCUGAUUCAACCAGUGAGGUGUGUGAUAGGGACUGUUCAAAAAACAGUGUCACUCCCGCUUCUUCAUUAGACUUGCCUCUUUCAUUUCCCUUGCUGCCACCUCUUUAUCCACUCCCAGAGGAGGGUUAUUCAGAGAAUCCAUUUAAGCCUUACUAUUGCUGGUGUCCGCCGUGCCCAUCGUCACUGCAGUACAGUGUAACCCCUCUGCAUAUGCCAGUUACAUCUGUAGAACCGUUUCCCCAGUCACCUUUGGGCUCGCUGGUAUCAAAUGAAGUAUCAUCUGUCUCGUCAUUUUCUGCAAAGUUGGAUACAACUAAUUCACCUUCACUUAAUCUUCCAUCGAUACUGCACGAUCCUUCACUUCACCUCCAGCUUCCUACUUCAAUUGUUCCCCUGCAUGGUUCUAUGGUUUCAACAUAUCCGUUACUUCAUCUGCCGUUUCCCACUUCACCUCUUGUUCCUGUACAUGGUUCGCAGGUUCCAACAUUUCCGUUGCUUCACCUGCCACUUCCUACUUCACCAUUUGUUUCAUUGCAUAGCUCACAGGUUCCAACAUUUACACCAUUGAUGUCUGAUCCUAUUGUGCAUGUCCCAGUCAUUGAUAUGUGUUCCUCCGGUCAGGCUUAUUUGGUGAGUUGUGGUCCUUCUAUAACUUCACCUGUUCCCCUGCUCCCUAGCUUGAAGCCUCUGAUUCCAGAAACCGAAUCGUUGGUUGAGAGGAGUGCUAGGGAAACACUAAUGAGGCUUUUAGCUUCGACACCACCAUCAAGCAACCCCCAGCUGGUCAACAUUCUCCCUGCAGUCCUUACUGAUGUGCCUGAAAAUAUUUCUCGAUCUCCUAAUGUGAACAUGCAUGUUGGUGUCCAUCGCAACGACCUACUUCUUAGCUCAUCUUGGGGUGCUAAUGUGAUUGGAAGUGGGAUGGCAGCCAUGGAGCUGCACUCGGAGGAUGAGGUUUCCAGUGGGCAUGAUGCUCAUGCAAUGGUUGCGUUUACAGAAUUUGAUGAUAUCAACGGAGACUGUGAUCAGCCCCUUUUCCGGAGGAUGUAGUUUGCACAUGGGGUUUUCUUGAGCUCUUUGUUCGUAUGAAAUGUCUGAAUAUUUUGAACGGCACUUGUAUCUACAUGGUAAUAGUCUAAUGUGGUUUUGGCAAUACGAUGAUAUAUGCAGCCUGGUUCCCAUGGCUUCCCUGCCCAGCUAAACGGCUGAUGUGGUUGUUAAAUGUAAUUAGUUGUUUGUACUGUAUUUUAAUUUGGCAAACAAAGGGUAUUUGCUCGUGUGCAA